AAGGAAACAAGAAGUCGCAUCGUUUGUAUUUAUUUGCUAGAAUCUGUGAGCAUCGGAACUAGCCGAGCCGCUACAAAAAUAAAGCCUAAAUUAGAGUCCUCGUUACGAAUUUCUGUCGCCAAACGCACAUAAAAAUGAAGAGUUUUCUGAUCCUUCUGGGUUUCGCUGCUCUGGCUGCCGCCGACGUCAAGCAUCUGACAGAUCGCAAUCUGGACCUCUUCAAGUACAAUCCCAGCGACGUCUACACCCUGCCCGAGGACAUCGACGAGGACAAGCCGGCGGUGCACUUCAGCGGCGAUGUCAUGAAGGCCAAGACCGAGACCCUGCAGAACUACAAUUCCGGCAAGAAAUUCAAGCUGGAACUGAAGACCCAGAACGGCAUCGAGGUGAGCAGCGUGGGCAAGCUGAAGGACGACAAGACCUUCGUGGUCAGCGGUUCCUACUCCUUCACCGGCGCCGAUGGCAAGCGGUACAAGACCCGCUACACCGCCGACGAGUUCGGCUACCACCCCAUCACCGAGCUGGAUCUGGACAUCCCCGAACCCCAGCCCUUGGCCCCUGUGCAGCGCCAGACCGUGGACCCCAGCAGCCUGCUGGGCAACAAGAACCGCUUCCAGUUCCUGCAGCAGACCCUGGACUCCGACCAAGGACCUCUGCGGGGCAGUGGCCAGAGCGGCGAUGACUACAGCUACACGUCCCCCUAUGGAAACGGCAAUGGCUACAACUAUCAGCCACCUCAGGUGCCCCUGUCGACGCCAUCUCGUCUGUAUCUGCCAACGGCAUAGGGCGGUUAUAAUAUAGAUACAGCCUUAUCGCAUACCGUUCUUACCGCAUGAUGUAUGCCCCACCCGAUUCCCGAUUCCUGCUUCCCGAUUCCUGAUUCCCGAUCCUCGACUUUUCCCCCCGGCUGCAAGUAUUUAGUUUUAAGUGCAACUCCAACAGGCAAAUGAAGAGUAAAACAGAGCUAGCGAAAUUUUUUUUAUCAUUUUUUAGUGUUAUACACGGAGCACAAUUUUAUAUGAUAUUAUACCUAUACACACUGAUAUAUGUUAUAUAUCUAGCCCACACACAAAAACACACACCUAAACACGACAACAACAACAAAACACACACACAC